UGACAUUUGCCGAUGCCUGUUUGGGGGCGGCGAUUCCCGCCACAGCCCUGGUGCAUGGCGGUCGCACGGAGGAAUUGUUGGAAAAAAAGAUUACACUAGAUGAUGGAGAGCCUGAGUCUACAGGCAGUGACUCUUACAGAUGGAUCUACAGCCUAUAUCCAACAAACACUGAAAGAUGCAAAGUUGGUUGAGGGGCAAACUAUUCAGCUGGAAGAUGGUACGACAGCCUACAUCCAACAAGUUACAGUACAUAAAGGUGAUUCUCUGCCUUUUGAAGAUGGCCAGGCUGUACAGCUUGAAGAUGGCAGCACUGCAUACAUCCAUCACACCCCUAAAGAUGAAUUUGACCCAGAUGCAGUACAAGCUGUACAACUGGAGGAUGGUACAACAGCUUAUAUUCAUCACCCAGUCUCCAUGCAGGGUUCCAACACUAUCCUGGCUGUGCAGACAGAAGCAGGGUUGGAAACACUACAUGCACCAACAGAUGGCACUGUUGAUCAUGAGACCAUGAGUGCUCUUGAGCAUUAUGCCAACAAGGCGUCUGAGGAAGAUGAAGGUGUCAGUAGUACUACUGGACUGCCUUCUGAUAUGAUCAAGGACAAACCUGUGCAGCUGGUGAUUGAUGGUGAAGUGCGAGUCAGUGCUAAAGGGCAGCAGAUAGGGGAAAAGGCAUUUCGCUGUGGGUUCGAGGGCUGUGGCCGACUGUAUACAACUGCCCAUCAUUUAAAGGUUCAUGAACGGGCUCAUACAGGGGAUCGACCAUACCGAUGUGAACAACCGGGCUGUGGAAAAGCAUUUGCUACAGGUUAUGGGUUGAAAAGUCACACCAGAACACACACGGGAGAAAAACCAUACAAAUGCCCUGAAGACACGUGUAGCAAAGCAUUCAAAACAUCAGGAGACUUGCAGAAACAUAUUAGAACGCACACAGGUGAGCGACCAUUUAAGUGUCCAUUUGAGGGCUGUGGCCGAUCUUUUACCACUUCCAAUAUCCGUAAAGUUCACAUUAGAACGCAUACCGGAGAGAGGCCAUAUAUCUGCUGUGAACCGGGCUGUGGUCGAGGGUUUGCUAGUGCUACUAACUACAAGAACCAUAUGAGAAUUCAUACAGGAGAGAAGCCCUACGUUUGUACAGUACCAGGCUGCGGAAAACGUUUCACAGAAUACUCCAGCCUGUAUAAGCACCAUGUGGUCCACACACAUUCCAAGCCAUAUAACUGCAACCACUGUGGAAAGACAUAUCGGCAGACUUCCACAUUAGCUACACAUAAACGCACCGCACAUGGUGACAUGGAAGCAACAGAGGAAAGUGAACAGGCUUUGUUCGAACAGCAACAACACCAGCAAGCGACGGUUAUUGAACCUGCAUUGAAAAGGCCGCGCAUCACGUACCUCUCUGGGGUUGAAGGUGAUGGUGGAAUUCCUACUCAGGUUACCAUGGUAACCCAAGAUGGGCUGGGAUCACAGGUAGCCCUUAUAUCACAGGAUGGUACUCAGCAGGUUAGUCUAUCGCAUGAAGACUUGCAGGCUCUGGGAACAGCUAUCACCAUGGUAACUCAGGAUGGUACUACAAUUGCUGUACCCACACAUGAGGGUGACCUCACAGGAUCGCCAGGUGCUCAUACAGUUACCAUGGUGACAGCAGAUGGUACAGAAGCACAGCAGGUUGCUAUAGUGACAUCAGACGGGAUGGUAACUGGGGACUCUGCUUUAGCAGCUCUACAUGCAGCUGAAGUGGUACAACACCAUCAGCAAGUUGCAUUAGUAGCAACUGCUAACGGCACACAGAUAGCAGUACAGCUGGAAGAACAGCAGACGUUGGAGGAAGCUAUUGGCAUGGCAACAGCAGCGAUUCAGCAUGAAGGAUUGACACAGGAUACAGUUAUGACAGAUAAUGACCCAUGAAAAUGGAGGCCAGGAAACAAGUGCCACAUUCAGGAGUGAAUGAGCUGCAGUUUGCUACCUAGUCCUAUCCAAUGAAAUCCUGGGAACCAAACAUAGACUACUCACAGACAUUUAAAAUGAGUUGAUUCUCAGGACUAAUAAUUUACUGUGUGUAUGUUGAUCUCAACUCAGGUGAUUUUACACAAUAUGGCAAGGGUUUUAUGAUGAAAAGGAGUUUUAGAGCUGCUGUACUGAUUGAUAGACUUAUGGAUUUACUUGUACAGUAUAAGAUAUAGUUUUAUUGAAAAUUUCCAUAGUUUUGCUUUUUAUUAAAGAUGAAAUGUUUACUGAAACUGGUGUAGGGUUGGCUUCUGUGCAGAGUUGGAAGGAGCAUCAGGCUGGUCAUUUUAAUGGCAAUCAGUGACAAGUUUUCAGAAUGUGUAUGCUGCAUUUUGAGGUCCAGUACUUGAUGCUAUAUGAACCUGUAUAUGUAUAUAUGAAAAUAAAUUUUGAAAACUG